UUUUUAAAAAAAGAAGACAUUUCCAGAGAAAAAUAAGUGGCCGUAAGAUGAAGAUCAAGUACAGUUAUGUGAGGAAUUUAACGGCGAUCCUUAUUCCUCUCUCUUCUCCUCAGACAACCUUCGAAUUGCAGAGAGAAAAAAACAAGAAAGAAGAAAAGAACAUCCUCUUCUGGCAAAAGGGUUCGUUUCUUUUUCAUUCUUGAUCCGAACCCUUCUGCUAUUUCUCUCCAAAAGUGCUAAAAACUUUGUAUCUUUGAUGAUUGUCAAGUUAUUUUGAGAGAAAGUUUGAAUCUUUAAUGAUAUUGCAAGUCAUUUUGAGAGAAAGUUUGAAUCUUUAAUGAUAUUGCAAGUUAUUUUGAGAGAAAGUUUGAAUCUUGAAUGAUUUGCAAAGUUAUUAAGAGAGAAAGUUUGAAUCUUGAAUCAUUUGAAAGUAUUUUAGAGAGAGUUUGAAUCUUGAAUGUUUUGCAAGUUAUUUAGAGAAAAAAUUUGAAUCUCUUUUUCUUUGAUGAAAGUGGUUGGUUCAGAUAUUUGAUGGAAGAAAUGGAGAUGGAUAGCAUUGAGUGUGUAUCAUUAAUGGAUGGUGUUGAAGAUGAAGAGAUCCAAUCUUCUGUUUCAUCUCAUCAAUACCCUUCUUCAGGAAAGCCUAACAAUAUUGCUCCUGUUGGAAUUGUCCCUACCAGUGUACAUGAAUUGCUUGAAUGCCCCGUUUGUACCAAUUCUAUGUACCCACCAAUUCAUCAGUGUCACAACGGGCACACGCUUUGUUCAACCUGCAAAACGAGGGUGCACAAUCGAUGUCCGACAUGCAGACAAGAGCUUGGUGAUAUAAGGUGUUUAGCGCUAGAGAAGGUGGCAGAGUCACUUGAACUGCCUUGCAAAUAUUUUUCUUUGGGGUGCCCAGAAAUAUUCCCAUAUUACAGCAAACUCAAGCAUGAAACAUUGUGCAAUUUUAGACCGUACAGUUGCCCAUAUGCUGGGUCAGAGUGUUCAAUGACAGGGGACAUCCCUUAUUUGGUUACGCAUUUAAGAGAUGAUCACAAAGUGGAUAUGCACACGGGAUGCACGUUCAACCAUCGUUAUGUGAAGUCUAAUCCUCGUGAAGUAGAAAAUGCCACAUGGAUGUUGACGGUCUUCCACUGUUUUGGGCAGUAUUUCUGUCUCCAUUUCGAGGCAUUCCAGCUUGGCAUGGCCCCUGUUUAUAUGGCAUUUUUACGCUUCAUGGGCGACGAAACGGAUGCACGCAAUUACAGCUACAGUCUAGAGGUAGGAGGAAAUGGUAGAAAGCUCAUAUGGGAGGGUACCCCAAGAAGUAUCCGAGAUAGUCAUCGCAAGGUCAGGGACAGUCAUGAUGGUCUUAUAAUCCAGCGUAACAUGGCGCUUUUCUUUUCUGGGGGUGACCGGAAAGAGCUGAAACUUCGAGUUACUGGAAGGAUAUGGAAGGAACAGCAAAAUCCAGAUGGUGGUGUGUGCAUACCAAAUCUCUGUAGCUAAUUAUUUUUUCUUUGGGUGAUUUAUGUUUUAUAACUUCUUCCCCCUUUUUUGUUGGAUGUAAUGUGCAUGUAGGUGUGUAAGACAGCACUAUGUUUGUACCUAAGAACUCCUGCUCUGACCAUGUACUAGGAUGUUACAUAUACAUUUUUAGAUAUAUCAAUUGUUAAUAACCAUCUUACUGCUGCUUUUAAUGCUCUA